GUGACUCCAAAAAACAAGGAUCUUAAUUCCUUAAUUUCUCUGCAUAGCUUUUCCUUCCAUUUUCCCAUUCUCUGUUGCUUGCUCCCCCCCACCCUUUUCCUUCUUUCCACAUUUCGCAGGGCGCUUCUUCAUUAUUCUUGGCAAAAUGGCAAAUGCGGCGUCCGGAAUGGCUGUGCACGAUGAGUGCAAAUUGAAGUUCCAGGAACUAAAAGCAAAGAGGAUCUAUCGAUACAUUGUAUUCAGAAUUGAUCAGCAACAAGUUGUGGUCGAUAAAUUAGGAGGACCUCAUGACACCUACGACGAUUUCCAGGCCAGUUUGCCAAACGACGAGUGUCGUUAUGCUGUCUACGAUUUCGAUUUCACUACCGACGAGAAAUGCCAGAAGAGCAAGAUCUUCUUUGUUGCAUGGUCCCCUGACAGUUCAAGGGUGAGGAUGAAGAUGGUGUAUGCAAGUUCCAAGGACAGAUUCAAGAGGGAGUUGGAUGGCAUUCAAGUCGAACUUCAAGCAACUGAUCCAAGCGAGAUGAGCUUGGACAUUGUCAAAGCCCGAGCCAUCUGAUCUUAGA